AUGUCGCUCGCCGCCCUCGAUGGCCUCAAGGCCGCAAUCGAGCGCAUCAUCCUCGACCCCAAGUACCACGACAUUCUCGCCGUCGUCAAAGGCGCCCGCAAUGGAGCCGUCUACGGCGCAAAAGUCCGCUUUCCUCAUGCCCUUGUGUAUGUAGCGCAUCCUCCAAUCCGUUCUCAUGGUCGAGUCAAAAUGCUAACUUCAGGCCCUCUACAGCAUGAUAUUCCUCUUCCGUUCUGGAACGUACGUGACCACCCUCCUCACCCCCAGCGAAACCACCUCCCGGCUAACAUAGCAAACCUCAACAGACUCCGCCAAAAAGCAGGCCUCGUCUUCCGCGCGACCCGAACACACGCCCGCAACCUCGCCAAGUUUGCGACAAUCUACAAGCUCACAAUGUACCUCCUCAAAAACUACGGCCCCAGCCCGGGCAAGGAAGGGCCCUACGACUCCUUCUUCGCCGGCCUGCUGGGCGGCUACAUCGUCUUUGGCGGGCGCUCGCCGCGCAGUGGCAAGAUCUCGAGCGUGAACCAGCAGAUUGUCAUCUACGUCUUUGCGCGCGUCGUCCUGGCGCUCGCCCGCCUCGCCGUGGCCCCCGGCAAGGGCCUGCCCGUCGUCAGCCGCGACGACGUCUCGGCCAAGAUCAGCUACUACGCGUGGCCCGUCUUUGCGAGCACGAGUUGGGCCAUGGUCAUGUACCUGUUCCGUUGGCAGCCGCAGGAGCUGCAGCCUAGUUUGCGCAGCAGCAUGACGUAUAUUUACCAGCAGAGCAGCGAGUGGGAUUCGCUUAGGAACUUUAUCUGGCAUAACAAAUAG